AUGUCGAACCAACAGCCUGCCCAGCCCUUGGCCGACAUCGCCAAGAUGUCUGUGCCCACGCUUCCAUCGUCUGCGCCUGAGUUGCCUAAACAGAACGGUUUCUGGUCGUCGAACCCAGUCUUCUCUUACUUGAACGACGUCUACACCAACAUCUCCCAACACAGACAAUCCCUCGGGUUGACCAAUCCAGGUACUGUCGAAAACCUCACCAAGGAGGUCAACCGUGACGUUUUCUUGAACCAGCACUUUUUCCAGGGCUUGCGUGCCGACUUGAACAAGUCCUUCUCCUUUGACCCUGCUUUCCAGACUUCCCAUGCAUUCUCCAUUGGCGGUGACUUGCCUCCAUAUGCCUUCUCUGCUUUGUACGCCAGAGAAAACAUGUUUGCCCAGGGUAACAUCGACAAUCAGUUGUCUGUGAGUGGUAAGAUCAAUUACGGCUGGGACGAACACAACGUCUCCAAGGUCACUUUGCAGAUUGCUCACGGCCAGCCUACAAUGUGCCAAUGGGAACAGGACUACAAUGCUAACGAUUUCUCUAUCAACGUGAAGGCCUUGAACCCAUCCUACUUGUCUGGUGCUUUCACCGGUGUGGCCAUUGCUUCCUUGUUGCAGUCCUUGUCCUCUAAGUUGGCUGUUGGUGUUGAGGCCACUUUCUCUAGACAGAACGAGACUCUUCCUCCAGACAGUGCUAUCAGCUACUUUGCACGUUACAACGCCGGCAACUGGAUCGCCACUGCCCAGGUCCAGGGUCAAGGUGCCCUUGUUGGAACUUUCUGGAGAAAGGUUUCUGAAAACGUCCAGGCUGGUUUGGAGACCCAGAUCGCUGCAGGCAUGAGACCAGUCAGCACCCCACUUGGCGCUCAGCUUGAACCUGUUGUGGAGGGUGUCACCACGAUUGGCGCCAAAUACGAAUACCGUACUGCUGUUUUCAGAGGUCAAAUGGACACCACCGGUAAGACCUCUGUUUUCUUGGAAAAGAAGGUCAUGCCAAUGCUUUCCGUUAUGUUCUCAGGUGAGAUCGACCACUUCAAGCAAAGCUCAAAGGUUGGUGUCGGCUUGCAGGUGGAAACAGCCGGCAGUGAGCAAAUCUUCUUGAUGCAAAACGGUAUGGUUGAUGCUAACGGUAACCCAAUUCCUGGUGCUACCUUGUAA